AUGGGAUCCAAAAGGGUAGAGGCGGCAAAGGUAGUGUCUUUUCUAAAAGAGACUGAGAAGACUUGUACGCCUCAAGCCCCAGGGCUAUUCCAUAGGACCCAGGCCUGGGUCCUAUGGGAGAAGGCUUGA